UUUUCAGACCAGAUACUGAUCCUUCAUCGAGCUACUUCAUUGAGUGACCUGGGUUCAAGGCUUCAUUUCCUGACAGCACGACAGAUUGAGCUUGCUCUUAGCGGACUGUUUCCACAAGUAACAGUUCUGUCAUUUGGAUCCUCUGUCAAUGGAUUUGGCAAGACAGCCUGCGAUUUGGAUCUUGUUCUCUUGGCAGGCAAAAGGCAGACUGCUGAUGAGGACAGUAGCGACUGUCGGUUGGUGUUUCAUGCCAAGACAAUGCUAACAAAUGGGCGCACACAGGUGCAGCGCCACAUGGAAACGCUUGGAGAUGUGGUUCAGCUGCUUCUGCCAGGCUGUUCUCAUGUGAGGCGCAUUUUUCAAGCCCGAGUGCCCAUCAUCAAGUAUCACCAGGGCCUGACAGGUGUGGAGUGGGACCUGUCUAUGACUAACAUGUCUGCUGUUUACAUGAGUGAGCUGUUGUACAUCCUGGGAGAAUUAGACUGGCGUGUGAGACCACUUGUGUUUGCGGUGCGAAGCUGGGCACGUGAGAUUGGACUCACCAACCCCACACCUGGACGGUGGAUCACCAACUUCUCCCUCACAUUGCUUGUUCUGUUCUACUUGCAGCAACACAGCAAAUUCAGCCCAGUAUUACCAACCCUCAGUAGGAUGAUAUCCCUUGCAGGUCCUGGGGAUCAUCGUGUUACUUCAGAUGGGGUGAACUGUACAUUUAUUAGAGAUGUGUCUCAGCUUUGUCAGCACAUGACAUCAUCAGUCAGGAAGCUCCCAAAUACAAACAGCCUUGAAACACUCUUUAUAGGCUUCUUUGAGUUCUAUUCUUCUUUUGACUUUUCUACCUGUGCCAUAUCUCUGAUAAGUGGAGUAUCAGUACCUAAACCAGACCACUCACCAUUGUACAUAGUCAAUCCUCUUGAACGAGGCCUUAAUGUCAGCAAGAAUGUGAGCCAUGAUGAAACAGAACGGUUAAGGAUAGAAUUCCGCAAUACCGCAUGGAUGUUAGAAUCAGUCGCUCUGACACCAGAGAAAUCUCCAUUAAUGGCAUCUCAGAAGAAAGCAGAUGAAGCAUGGGGACUGACAGCUCUUUUUGAAGCACCAAAUAUUGCUUCAAAAGCACGCAACAUAUUUUACAUUCCCACACGGAGUGUGUCACCCUCUAGAAUUGUGGAUGUGUCUGAUCUUUUUCAGCAAAACACAGGUGUUAGUGACAAGUCUGCUCCUGUUAGUGAAGUUCCUGUAGACUCCAUACGUUCUAGCAAACAACAAAGUGAAAUGCAAGAUGGGAUAAAACCUGGUACUAAGGUUAUUAAAGUUUCUAAUAGACUGCAUCGGAGGUAACUAGACAGUGGAGUUCUUUAGAUGUUAUUUGUGAUAAAAAGUGAAACAGUGACAAUGAUAAUUAAAUGUGUUUCUCUUAUUUUCCUUAUAGUCAUUAGAUGUGACCUUAAGAUAUAGAUCACCCCCUCCCCCAGGGAGUUCUGUGGCUUUGAAAGUAUAGUCAAAAUGUUGACACAUGACUUUAGGUACUUUAAUAUAUAUGGAAAAAAGUCACUGUCACAGAAAGGUUGCAGCGCACACAAUUUUAUGGUACAAAAUUAUUUUCUUCUUCCUCAUCACAUUUUUGUCAAAUUUUGUCUUACACGUUGCUUUGACAUUCUGAAUAGCACCUUUCUUUCAAGAAUGUGAUGACCUUAUUAUUAUUGUUAUUGACAUUGCAUAUGGAAAACUACUGACCAGUAAUGUGAUUAUAUUUUCAGUUCAUUCUUACAAGAUGGACAGACACAACAAACGUUUAAUAUAGUUUAAAUUUAAAUCUGUGCCAUUUACAAUGAUGUAAACAAUGGAGACAGGUUGGAUUUAAAGUUCUCACAGCAGCAGAUAUGGUGGGUACUGUCUUUUGGGAUGUGAUGCUAUGUAAGGUGACAUAGUUCACAGACAUUUUGAACCUAAAGACUGAAACAUCAUGUUCAUUCAAAAUACAGAACAUCUACCAGACUGCACAGUCAAUGUGACAACCCAGAAGAGAGAGCUCUUCAGUGGCAACAGGGUUUUGAAUUAUUUUGGUAUAUACAGAAGGAGUAAUUUACAUAUGAAUGGUUUUCAAAAGCUUCAGUCUGAAAAUAUGUAUGUCACCUACCUACAGGCCAGUCCUUCCUUAUUCCUCUCAUGAACUGUCAAAAAUAUGUGACUUCACAGCACAAAUAAAUUGGCACAUAGUGCAGUCAUAUAACCAUAAACAGAAUUUUAUGAAUUGAGAAGAUUAAUGUGAAAUAUUUAAAGGAAAAUACAAAGAAAUGUUACAAAAAAGAAUUCAAGGUGAAGUCUUAAGACAAUGUUUAUACUACCUCCACCCAGAAUGCACUUUACUUAUAGAAUAAAACAUUUAAAGAUA